AGCGGCAGUUAGUCGCUCUCACCGGACAACGCAAGGCGAGCCGCGCUGCGCUCCACACUCAGCUCGCUCUUAUUUAUUUAUUUAUAGAGCUAUUUAUAUCUAUUCCUCGUCACUGUCCUUUUUUUCUGGAAUGACCGGAGCGCCCGUCAAGUUCUUCCUGUGCGUGGCGGCCCUGGGUGCGCUCGUGCUGUCGCCGGGGCUGCGCGCCUCCCCGCUUGCGGCGCAGGAGCCCAUCCGCUGCGCGCCGUGCUCCCAGGAGCGCCUGGAUGAGUGUCCGCCGGUGGACCCGAGCUGCAAGGAGGUGCUGCGCGAGCCAGGCUGCGGCUGUUGCAUGGCGUGCGCGCUCGGCCGCGGGGACUCCUGCGGCAUCUACACCGCGCCGUGCGGCUCGGGGCUGCGCUGCCUGCCCAGGCCCGGAGAGCCGCGACCGCUGCACGCGCUCACGAGGGGCCAGGCCGUGUGCUCUGAUCCCGGCGAGUACGAGCACGAGCAGAAUCAGAGAACGCCAGAUGUGCCCGAGCUCGAGCCUGAACCCGCCUCGACUCUCUUCGUGUCCCCUCACGGGAAGCCCCUGGACCCACGGCUGGUGUCCGGCGCUCAAGACAGCAUGAAGUCCAAAGUGAACGCUUUCCGCAGGAAACUUGUGGAGCAGGGUCCCUGCCAUGUGGAACUGCAAAGAGCACUUGAGAAGAUUGCUAAAUCCCAACAGAAGCUGGAAGAGAAGCUGACCAGAUUCUACCUGCCCAACUGUGAUAAGCACGGCUUAUACAAAGCCAAACAGUGCGAAUCGACUCUGGAUGGUCAGAGGGGGAAGUGCUGGUGUGUGUCACCGUGGAACGGAAAAAAGAUUCUGGGAUCAAGCGAGCUGCCCAUGGAUGGCGAAUGCCCCCAGGAAUUCAAUCACUGAUCACACACACAUCCAUACAUACAUGAGGGCCCUGAGGAACUCGCUCUCGCCUGACGGACUACAUUUCCUCCCAUGCAUAUGCAGAACAUUAACAUAAUGCCACUGAUUUCUUUUUAUACUUUUUAUUUAUUUAUUGUAGCCUACAUGGUGUUUUUUGAUUCAGGUACACUGUUUUUUAAUUGGUGAAUACUAGUUCACUAAAUCCACCAGAAAAAAAAGAGAAAAAGAAAAUCUAUUUUUUUUCUGAAAGGAUUAUGAAUAUGUUUAUAUUUACAUAAAGCAUCCAUGAGUAUUUAUUUAAACUGAAUGUAUACAUAUUAAUUUUUUUGAUAAGAAUAUUUAUUCCUUAUGCCUUAUUAUUGUUAUUAUUAUUUUUGUAUGAUGUAAAAAUUUGUAUGUUCAGUGUUUAUUAACAGUGUCAGUUGUCUUAUCUUUCCAACAGUCUGUUGGAGGAAAUCUAAAUGGAAAAAAAAGCACUGCAUGACCAAACCACUUUGUCACUGCCGACGUCUUUCCAUACGUUGUUUUCCGUUGCUAUACUUUUUAUAUAGUAUAUAAGGUAUAACAACAGAAGACACAUAUUUACAUAAACACUUAUUAUCUUAAUCGUCUUAUGACUUUGCAGAAGUUGGUAGGCUAUGCUAUCAGGACUAAAGCAUUCAUGAUUCUGUACUUAAUACAGCAGUGCAUGAUGGGUAUUGGUCUUCACAGCUUCUGAAACGGGUAACUGCCUGUUCCUACCUCUGUUUUUUGAAGAUUUGUUGUAUGUGUUUUGGAGAGCCUUUUGUUUUAGCCAAUGUUGCUGUUUUAUCCAUGAACUUAGGACCACUUGAGGUUGGGUGAUUGUGUGUGAAUCACUUUUUGGAACUGUCUGUGUGAACGCGAUCAAAGUGAGAUGGUUGUACAUUGAGUAAAUGCUGUGGUUAGUUCCUUGUUUUAAUGGUGCAGUUUCUACACUUAUCCACUGUGAGGAGGUGGGAUUCUGCUGCUCCAAAGCAAUUGAUCAGUGUGUGUAUAUAUAAAUAUGCCUUUUUAAUAAAUUGUAAUUGCAAUAAAUUGUGGAAAAAUGAUAUUUAA